AUGAUCAAGGAAGCAGUUCAACUAACGCCAGAUGGCCAUCCAGACAAGUUGAGCUAUCAAAACAUUCUGGCAGAUGUCCUAUGUAGUCGAUAUGAUGCCACAGGCUCCACAGCCGAUCUUGACCAGGCUUUCACAAUAAGCAUGGAAAUUCUUCACUCCCUCCCAAACGACCGUCGAGAAAGGAGGGGGUUCUUGCACAGCCUUGGCCUCAGACUCCUUGACAUAUUUCGUAUCAGACAAUCAGGAGUUGAUCUUCAAGAAGCAACAAGGAUGGUGAGAGAGGCAGUUGAGUUGACUCCAGAUGGUUGCCCAGAGCACACUCGUUAUCUAAAAAGCCUCGGACUUCUUGAAUCCGAAAAUUACAGUAUCACGACGUCGGGGAUUGAUCGGGAGAAAGCUAUUACAAUCGCACAACAGAUAAUUCGAGAGACUCCAGACGGUCGCAAGGAUCAGGCCGAGUGGUUGAAUCGCCUUGUUCUUCUACUUUAUGAUCGAUACAAAGAUUCGGAAGCAGUAGCAGAUCUUGAAGAAGCGAUAACGAUCGCUCAAAAGGCAAUCCAGGCUACUCCAGAAAACCACUCAGAUCGACCAGAAUAUCUGAACAGUCUUGCGCUUCUGGUCCAUGACCGGUACAAAGAUUCAGGGUUGCCGAAUGCCGACCUCAACGAAGCUAUCAUCAUCGCCCAACAAGUAAUUGAGGCGGCUUCAGAUGGCCACCAAGACCGGGCGGAGUAUCUGAACAGCCUCUCGAUUUUGUUUCGACGACAAAGUCAAGAUACUGGUGUGGCGGGUGAUCUUGAGAAGGCUAUUGAUUUCGGUCGGCAAGCAGUUCAUGCAUCUCCAAGCAGUUCUCCAAAUCGCCGAAUUUAUUUGGAGAAUCUUGCAAGAGAUCUGGGUAACCAGUAUUGCGAUUCACAAGGGAUGGCAAGCCCCGAAGAUGCCAUCGCCGUCGCUAGAGAGGCAGUUCAAAUAACUCCCGAAGACGAUCCUAGCCGCGCAGGGCCAUUAUUCACUCUCUCAUGUAUUCUGAUUCACCAAUCUCACUUUAGUCGGGCCUCAUCUAGUCUCGAAGAAGCCAUUGCUAUAUUGAAGGACGUACUCACUAUGUCUCCGAAGCAUCACACAGACCGACACAAGUGGUUGUCCCGACUUGGAAUUGCGCUUGUCACCCGAUAUGACAUCACAGGAUCGAUCGAUGAUCUCGAAGAAUCUAUUCGCAUAGCCAGAGAAACAAUUGAUGAAACGCCAGUGAGCCAUUCGGACCGAAUAGAGUAUGUCACCUACCUCACAAGUCGACUUGGAAAACGAUACACCAGAACUAGGUCAAUGCCGGAUCUUGAAGAGGCGAUAGAUCUUGCCAAAAGCGCUCUUCAAUCGGCUCCAGUGAAUCACCCAUACAGGGGAAAAUUGCUGAAUACACUUGGAAACCGUCUCGAUUCCCGGUACCGUACAUCAGGAGAGAGGACCUAUCUAGAAGAAACCAUCGAAUUUGCUAGACAGGCACUUGACGCGACACCUAAGCACGAUCCAGACUGGGUGAUAUGUCUCACGAGUCUCGCCGCGGGGCUCUACUCCAGAUAUCGCAGGACGGACGCGAUGAACGAUCUUGAGGAGUCGAUUGAAAUCUCCAGGAAAGUGGUCAAUGAAACACCUCUGAGCAAUCCUGAGCGGGUGGUAUAUAUGCAGAAUCAUGGAUCCAGCCUUGAGGCCAGAUAUCGCAGAACCGGGGCGCUGGCUGACAUUGAAGAGUCUAUUGACUUGGCUAGAAUGGUGGUCAACAUGGAUCUCCAAGGUCACCCAGAGCGGGGGCUCUUUCAUGGGCAUCUUGCAAUCCAACUCGAGGCUCGAUUUCAUAAGUUUGGAGCCAUCAGGGACGUUGAUGAGGCCAUUGAAAUGGCAAGAAAGGCAGUUCUGCUGACAGGAGAGGGCCACAUCGACCAAGCCAUGCACUUGAACCUGCUUGGAGCUCUUCUUCGUACCCGGUACGGGAAGACAAAGUCAAUGACUGAUCUCGAUGAAGCUAUUGUGGUAGCGAAGAAAUCAAUCAAGGUUACCGGGGAGACUGAUGAAUUCAGAGCUGGAUAUCUUUCUAACCUCGCAUUCGCCCUUCACGACCGGUUCUCAAUGACAGGAUCAGAUGAAGAUCUCCAAGAGGCCAUCUCAAAUCACCAAUCCGCACUACACCAGCAUCAAUCAUCGGUCAAACAGCGUGUAGCGGCCGGCAGGGCCCUCAUUCGAUGCUAUGCGGAAAUGACAGACUGGCAGCAAGUUUACGAGACUUCGGAGAUUGUGGCGGGCCUUAUCCCUCAACUGACAGUACGGUCACUGAGGAAUUCCGACAGGCAAGAAAUUCUGAGCAGAGUCGCCGGCUUCGCUUCCGAUGCUGCUGCUGCUGCGCUCCAUAUUGGCAAAGAGCCGUUCAUCGCGCUCAAGUUUCUUGAACGGGGUCGCGGUGUGCUUGCGAAUUCUCUUGAGGAUAUACGAGCCGACAUCGUCACCCUGGAGGAGAAAUUUCCUGAGCUGGCGAAACGAUUUGCCAGCCUCGGAGAGCAAUUAGGAGAGUCCGACCAGGGGAAUGACUUGCGGAAGCCCCAGGAGCCAACGUGGACCAGACCGGCGAAUAGGAGAUACGAGAUGGGCAAUGACUUUGAUAACUUGAUCGCUGAAAUCCGCGAGAAGCCUGAGUUCGGUGACUUUUUGCACCCGCCGAACGAGCUUGACACGAGGCAGGCUGCAGCCCACGGUCCCAUCGUCUUCCUAAACACCAGCGACCUACGCUGCGAUGCGAUUCUUAUCGAGACGCACCAAAUACGAUCAGUGCCUUUGCAAGACCUCCAUCUCCAGGAUAUAAGGGUCACGCUAUCGAAGGGCAUCUUGAACAGCCCCCAGGUUCUCGAGUGGCUAUGGCAUUGCAUCGCGGACCCCAUACUGCGGGCUCUCGGCUUCACCCAGCUUCCUUCCGAGAACAAGUGGCCGCGUGUUUGGUGGAUUCCUACAGGACUUCUGACGAAAUUCCCAAUCCAUGCAGCCGGGAUAUACAAACAUGGCUCUUCAGACAGGGUCCUUGAUAGAGUCAUCUCUUCGUACAACUCUUCCGUCAAGGCAAUCAUCACUGGUCGCCGACGACCAGUUUCGGCAUUCACUCCACACCAGGCGCUGCUGGUCGCCAUGGAGCAUACACCGGGAAGCUCCCAUCUCCCCUUUGCACCUAGAGAGACAGCUGCUGUGCGUGACUUGUUUCAGACGAUAUCAGUCAAACCCCUCGAGCCUGGGCGAAACAAGAAGGAUAUCCUUUCGCACUUGCUUCAGUGCGAGAUAUUUCAUUUCGCCGGCCAUGGCUGCACAGAUAGGAAUGACCCAUCGAAAAGCCACCUCGUUCUAGAGGAUGGGAGCACCAAUCCACUAACGGUCGCGAAUUUAUUAGAGAUAAAUCUUCGCAAGCAUUCCCCGUUCCUGGCCUAUCUGUCUGCUUGUGGUACCGGCCAGAUCCACAGCAGCCGAUUUAUCGACGAGAGUAUCCACCUCAUCAGCGGCUUCCAGCUGGCAGGGUUCCGUCAUGUUAUCGGAACUUUGUGGGAAGUUGAAGAUAUGCUCUGUGUGGAGAUGGCUAAGAUGACAUAUGAAGGAAUGAGGGAUAGUGGCAUGUCGGAUGAAUCAGUCGCUUGGGGGCUCCACAAAGCUACCAAGGCGCUUCGAGAUCGCUGGCUAGCUGAACAGCCAGUGGUUGGACAUGAUGACACAUCAGUUGGGAAUGCAAUUGAGGCAGAGACGAGGGAUGAGCGUUUGCCAAGAGACGUAAUUUUGUGCGAUGGUGACAUUUCUAGUCCCCCAUACUGGAUUCCGUAUAUUCAUGUCGGAGUUUGAGUUCAUCAGCAAUCAGGGGGGACAUUUCAAUGUAGUUAAAUUUCUUCUACGAAUGUUGUGUAUACAAA